AUGCCCACGCUGGAGGUGCCCGCGCUGGAGGAGCUAGAAGUGGAUGAGGUGAGCGUGAGAAAUGGCGCGGGGGGGGGGCAGGGGAAGAGGUGGUAUUGAUCCCACCCCUCACAAAUGUAUGAGGGGGACCCCCACCUCAGUUUCCCCUCCCCCCCCUCAGUCCCCCACCCCCGCAUCUGUUCGUUACGUUUCUGUCUCGCCCUUUGAGCUCCAUGAGGAGUCAUACGCGGUAAUUAUUAAAUUACGCUGCUGGUGGGACAUGUCAAAUUCAAGGUACUUGACAAUUGGCUGGCAGAUUUGGGCUUUGGCCUGAGACACCCGGUAGCCAGCUGCUGCCAGGUGAUUCAGGAGAUCUUUGGUCUCUUGCAGACACGUGUCUUCCUCUUUACAUGCAAUUAGAAGGCCAUCUGCAUACGGAAGAAGAAGGCGGUCGGGGGAGGUGGGGAAGCUAGCUAGGUCCGUGGCUAAAGCCACCCCGAAAAGUGCGGGCGAAUUUUUAAACCCUUGUGGGAGUCGUGUCCACGUGUACUGUGUUUUAGUCCUGGUCUCUGGGUCCAUCCACUGAGAGGCGAAUAAAUUUUGGCUUUCCUCAGCUAGCCGGCAGCAAAAGAAGGCGUCUUUCAAGCCCAAUGCAGUGAAUUGCGUUGCAUUGCAAUAAGGCUACACCACAACAGCAACCCUGUGAGGUAGCCCCCUCCCCCCAAUUUGCAGGCAGGGUCGACUCUCCCCUCUUUCCCCUCCCCUCGCUGUUAAAGGGCUUCCUCUCCCAAACCCCCCUCCCCAUUUAAGACCCAAAAUGUCAGAGAAAAGUCAUUUCACAAACGUACACAUACACCAACCCCAAAGUGACUCGUGGCCCCCCCCCUUUGGGCCAGGUUUUGGCCAUUCCACCCAUUCUAAAUAAAAUAGAUGAAAGCUAAGUAAAUAUCUCUUCUAAAUAAAAGCCCUCAAGGAGGACGGCAACAGGAAUUCAAACCCUUUGCAGCAGGUGUUGCCAUUUAUUUAUUUAUUUAUUUAUUUAUGGCAUUUGUACCCCGCUUUUCCCCCUGAAGGUUGGUGUACGUGGUUCUUGCCUGCUCCUCCUUUGAUCCCCACAGGUAACGUAAACGGUAAAGGAUCCCCAGCCAAAGGCGACUGUGGGGCGCAGCGCUCAUCUCACUUUCCAGGCCGAGGGAGCCGGCGUUUGUCCGCAGACAGCUUUCUGGCCACAGCAACCACCCUGUGGGGUAGGCCAGGCUGAGUGGCAGCCUCUGACCCUCAAGGUCACCCAGUGAGCGUCAUGGCAGAGCAGGGAUUCGAACCCUGGUCCUCUCCCAGGUCCUACUCCGACACGAACCGCUGUCCCAUGCUGGCUCUCCCAAGGACUAGCCCCAAGCCUCAUGGCGGAGUGUGUGUGGUUCAAAUCCGCACUGAGCCGUGAAGUUCACUGGGUGACCUUUGGGGCCAGCAGCCAUCUCCCAACCCGACCUACCUUACAGCGUUGUUGUGAGGAUAUAAUGGGGGGGGGACCACCUUGAGCUCCUCAGAGGAAAAGGUACAGCGAGCCCACAAUUUACAUUGAACUUGAGCACAUUCAGCUUUAUGUGCUUCAUUGAAUCAUAGAAUCUUACGAGUUGGAAGGAACCCAAAGGCCAUCUAGUUCAACGCCUGCAAUGAUUGUCAAAAAAGUGAUAAAAACAAAAUAAAAGGGGGACUGAAAAGGGGUGGUAAUCCAGGAAAAAAGACUUUGGCAACCCCACCCACCAUUCAGCCUAGUGUGCUUUGACUAUACACAAUUUUGACUGCAAGUUUACUGUAUAAAAAUGCAAUAAUAAUUUUCAGAGGGACAACAAAGGGUCUCGUAGAUUUCUAUGGCAGAAUAUAGAUUCUUAUCUGUGAAGGGUUAUAUUGUAUGAAAACUCCUACCUUGCUGUCAACUGGCUUUUGUUUUUUAAUUCAAAUUACGUAUUCUUGAUUGACAAUCUUCUCUCCUCCCGCUACUUUGGCCGCUGAUGUCAUUGAUAACCAAUAAGAUGUACAACCUUGUGCAAAACAUUUGUGUAGAGAGGGGUAUGAUUUAUUAAGAGUAUUGUAUUGCUUAUCAUAAGCCCCUGGGGGGAUAAUACACUCCACUCGUUAAAUACCUUGAUAUUACACAUAUAUGGGUAUCUUUUCCCUCCUACCACUAACCCUUGUUCUCACAAAAUGUUUAAAAGUGAACGUUCAGAUUCUCUUUUUUAUUUUUUUGUUUUAAUAAAGUUUUUUAUUGAUACAACAAGAAAAAAGAAAAAAAAAACACAAAUACCAAAUUUCACACAAGAAUAACCAUAGACACAUAAUUUUCUUAGCAAACAUUAAAACAUCUAUUGGUCUUAACACUAAAGACCCAACCUCCCAUCUAUUCCAUAUUUCAAAUUCAUAUUACUCAUUGCCAAUACACACUUUUAUCAUAAUUAAACUUAUUCUUAAUAAAUCUAAUUUCAUAUAUAUCUACCUUGCAACUAUUACUGAAGUUCCUCAAAUGCUGCAACAGAAUUUAAACUACUAUAUUUAUUUUUCAGAUAUUCUUUGAAAACCUCCCAUUUUGAAACAAAUUCCUGUUUUGAUUUAUUCUUUAUUUUUUCUGAUAAACCAUCUAAUUUGGCAUAUUCUGUCAGCUUUUGGAUCCAAUCUUGUAUAGAGUGGAUUUCAUUACUCUUCCAUUUUGCUGCGAUCAAAACUCUUGCUGCCGCCAUCGCAUAUAAAAAGAUACCCUUCCUCUUUUGUGGAAUAUCCAAAUCUGUUAUUCCCAGGAGGUAGGCCUCUGGUUUUUUAUUGAAAGACAUCUUUAGCAUUUUUGGCAUUUCUACAUGGAUACUCUGCCAGUAUGUGUUUUCCUACAUAUCCACCACAUAUGGUAGAAUGCUCCUGAGUCUCCACAUCUCCAACAAUUACUUGACACAUGUUUAUACAUUUUUGAAAGUUUCCAUGGUGUUAGAUACCAUCGAUGUUGCAUUUUUUGAAAGUUCUCUCUAAUCGUGUAACAAUUUGUGAAUUUCCAAUUGAUCUUCCAUAAAUUUUCCCAUUGGGCCAUGGUUAUUGAAUGGCCAAAAUCCUGGGACCACCUCACCAUUGCCACUGUUACCACCUCCUCCUUGACUGUCCAGUCGAGGAGGAGUCGAUAAGUUUUGGAAAGAGUUUUUCUUUUAGAAUUUCAAGAUCAGAUUCGAAUUGGGAAAUUUCUGUUGAGAACCCCUUUUGUUUGUCAGAUUUAAAUCUUUCAAAUAACUGAUGGUAUUGGAACCAGUCUGAGAUGUGUUCUCUUAUUUCCUCAAAGUUUUUAAAUUUUAUUUGGUUAUCUUCAUUUUUUAGAAGUGUUUUAUAUGUUGGCCAGCUUUCCUGAGUAUUUUUCCGUUUUACUGCUAUGGCUUCUGUUGGAGAAGUCCACCACAGGACUUUGGGCUCCAUCAGGUCUUUAUAUUUUUCCCAUACAGCAAAGAGUGACUUUGUUAUUAUAUGGUUGGUAAAAUUUUUAUGAAUUUUUGCUUUUCCAUAUAUCAGGUAGGCGUGCCAUCCCCAACGGUUGUCAAAACCUUCCAGGUCCAGGAGGUCCGGAUCCUGCAACGUGCACCAAUCUUUUAGCCAGGUGAAACAGGCUGCCUCGCAGUAAAGUUUUAGGUCGGGUAGAGAAAAGCCUCCUCUCUCUUUUAUGUCUAUUAAGAUCAGGUGUUUAAUCCUAGGUUUCUUCCCUUCCCACAGGAAUUUGGAAAUUUCUCUUUGCCAUAUCUUGAGACAACCUGCUUCGCCCAGUAUUGGAAUCAUUUGAAGUAAAAAGAUUAAAAGAUUCUUAUUGUCUUAAUAAUUAGUGUCAUCCUACAUAAAACAUUUCCUGUUAUUACUUCUAUAUAUCAUUUAAAAAAUCUGUUUUUUAAUUAAUUAUCUUGUGGUAGCUCCUACACUCUGGAACUCCCUGUGCCUUGACUAAGCUAGAACUUUCACUGUGCUCUCUUCUACACCUGCUGAAAUUUCUUUGUUUAGGCAAGCGUACCCAGAGAUGUAAAGCUGAUAUGUAAUUUAAUAUCUAAUCUUAGUUUGCAACAUACAUAUUUAAUAUAUUUAACUGGUUGUUUUUAUUUAUGUCUUGCUUUUAAAAAACCUGUUUUGCGUUCAACUUUUAUGGACAACUUCAAUCCAUAUUUCAUAUUCUUUGCAAACCAUGUUGAGGUUUUAUUUACAGUUAAGUGGUAUACAAAUUCUGUUAAAUAAAUGAAAUAUAUUGUGUUGUAAUGUUUGUGUAUAGUACACAAGUUUCAUUGUGUGCUGCCCCUUGGCAUUCUUGUGAGUGCAGGACCUUACUCCCAUUUUACAUAUAUGAGAAGGAGAAUGCAUGCCUGCAGUUUGGCUAUUCUUCAUUCAAUUGGCUCUCGUGGAGCUUGUAAGAGUCCUAUGCAUUCCCAGACACACACCCUCAGCCUGUUGCUAACUCCCUGGCUUGCUCCUCAGGUAAAUGUAACCUCAGCCGUACUGAAAGCAGCAGCUCAUCAUUAUGGCUCACAGUGUGACAAGCCCAACAAGGAGUUCAUGCUUUGCCGCUGGGAAGAGAAGGACCCACGGAAAUGUUUAAAGGAAGGCAAGGAAGUGAACAAGUGUGCAUUGGACUUCUUCAGGUAUGCCAUUUGAAGAGUCUUGGUGAGUCGGACCAAAGGCCCAUCUAUUAUUACUGAUCUUUGGGGGCUUAUUUUUGCCUGAAGGGCAGGGCUAAAGAAAAUCCUUCAAAUAAAUAAAACUACUCCCAUGCCCUUCUAGUAAUUUUGCCUUCUUCCUUUGGCCAGAAAUACAUUUUUAGUAUUUGAGAUCCCGCCUCCCAAAGGCUUUGCAGGUUCAUAUUGCAAAAGAAAACUGAAUCUCUUCCCCUACAGCAAAUUUUGCUCAUGUCUUAUUAGACAUUGGUUAAAUUAUCUUGUGAAUGUUGUUGCUGUUAGGUACCUACAGAUUUUUUUUAAGGGAAAGGCAGGGUAUAAAUGUAACCGGUAAAUGAGUAAGUAAUUUUGCUUAUGUCAAAAUAAGCAAGUGACAUGAUGCUGUUUUAACUAUUCUUUUUUCAUAACCUACUUGCUUCUCCAGCUCCAAGAUUAACUCUGUAGGAAAAUCAUAUCUCUGAAGUGACCCUGAAAGACACACAGGUUCAUCCAAGGCAAGGGAUCUGAAUCCAGAUUUCUUUUACAAUCUGCUAGGGCAAUUAUCGUGCCUGUGACAACUGCUGUGUUCUUUAAAACACGCACACACACACGCACACGUUUCUUCUCAGAUAUCUUCUGUUUUAACUUCCCUCUAAUUCUAUAGUGAGUUCAAAUGGUUACCCAUUAUUGUCUUUAAUUGAUGACUCAUUCGUGCCCUGUAGCUCCUUUCCCCUCCAUGAUGGGAACAACUUCCUAAUUUUGAAAAGUUCCUGUCAGUGAUAGGUCACAUCUGACUUGGAUUUUAAAUUGCCAAAAUGUCAUGUAUCAGAUGCUGUAAGAACUUUGAAAUACAGUUUUAUGAAUCCACUAUGCUUCCUUCAGUUUUGUAGAAAAACUGAAAGGCAAUAAUACUAACACUGUUUACUUUUUUUGAUCGGAUGCUACCCUGUUGUUGUUCUCAGUUUUGGAUUGACAAACAUAUUUGUGUUAUUUGCCAAAGGGAUUUUGCAUGGUACGGGGAUGGGAGCACGAAUAUAGAAAAUAUUUGCAGUCUGAGUUGGCAUUACAGGCCAGAGUUCUUCUGUUUUCACUAUGACUUUAGUUUUGUGGUACUCCAGCUGUAACCAGAGAGAACACAUAGCUUGCUGUGGUCUUCAAACCCAUGUGUGAGCAAAAUAAAAAGGUGCCUUUUAAGAAUCACUCUGCCUACAUUUUCACUUCAGGAAACAUUAAUGCAGCAUCUUUGUGUUUCUAGGCAGCUUAAGCUGCAUUGCGCAGAGCCAUUUACCCAAUACUGGACUUGCAUUGACUAUAAUAACCUGCUAGAACUUCGCAAGUGCCGCAAGCAGCAGCAGGUCUUUGAUGACUGCGUCCUGGAUAAGUUGGGCUGGGUGAGACCUGAUCUGGGACAGCUGUCAAAGGUAACUGAAUGUGUUUGCUGGCUCUUUCUUACGUGCACCGGGUGUUAACCUAAUCACUCCUUGCAAGGCGUUUUUCAUUUUGCCUCUCAUCUGAAUGGUAGUGUUGUCACCUGAUCCUGCACUUCGGCCCAGGAGGAAUUUGCAAACUUGGCCAGUCUUUCCUCAGGGCUAGCUCCCCAAGCAUUGAGGCCGGUAUCUAGAAAUUCCAGCCUUUUCAGCAGUUUUGCCUUGCAGAGAAUUGUGAUGAGCAUCCACACAGGGGGGCUCUCUUUAGUCAUCUUCAGAGUGUUUUUGGCUCAGCCAAGAUGGAAAAUUUGGCUCUCAAGGUAGCUGGUUUCUGGGUUUCAAAUUGUGUCUCUGACCCCAGUUCACAAGCAGUGUUCAAUGCCAUUGUUUAAAAUAAGCUGUGGUUUAAUGCAGAGAAGUGCUUUUCUUAUCUCCUGUUUCUGACUGUGCCAUACAGGGAUGAAGGAAACUAGCUUGCCCUCAUGUGCAAACCCACGUUCAUACAGGCUCAUAGUUUGUCUCCAAACCAAAAGCAGAAACCAAAGUCUGUUUUUGGCUUCCCGCUUGUAGCUUGUUUACCUCCACACUGCAAGUCUGCAGGAACCUGAAUUUGCACAUAACAACAAACCAGACUCUCUUGUUUAGGGCUGGUUUGCUGUCCUGUGUAGCCCAGUCAGGAGAGGGGAAGGAGCUUGCCCACAUUAAACCAUGGUUUAUUUUAAACCAUAAUCUGAUGUGUUGGAGCACCCAUGUGUGUUCCCUGCAGGUCAGAGUGAGCCUUAGAAUAACCACUUUCUAAUUCCUGUUGGGGGAAAUCACUGAAGGACAUGGAGGGGUGUGUGUGCCACGGAGUGGAAGGACUCCAGCUUAGCAGUAGGAUAUAUGCUUUGCAUACAAAAGGCUCUCAGCUUCAAUCCUGGCCCAUAGUCCAGGCUUCUUCCUUUAUCUACAGUGGUGCCUCGCAAGACGAAAUUAAUUCGUUCCGCGAGUUUUUUCGUCUUGCGGUCUUUUUCGUCUUGCGAAGCACGGUGUCGGGAAAGUUUUGGAAAAGCUUCAAAAAUCACCAAAGUCUUCAAAAAACCUCAAAAAAGGCUACCACACCGUGUGCUAUGAGUUGCUCCUCGAAGUCAAGUCGCAACUGUAUUAACGGUUUUAAGAAAAAGGAAACAAACUUGCAAGACGUUUCCGUCUUGCGAAGCAAGCCCAUAGGGAAAAUCGUCUUGCGAAGCAACUAAAAAAACCAAAAACCCUUUCGUUUUGCGAGUUUUCCGUCUUGUGAGGCAUUCGUCUUGCGAGGUACCACUGUACUGCUGUUACUUGGGGCACAGGUGGCCUCAGUGGUGCACAGUGCCUUCCACCAGCUUAGGCUGGUGGCCUAACCAUGACGCUGUCUGGGCUGCAGUAAUCUGGCUGAAGUAGUCUACUUUGGUAAACUCAAGAUUGGGUCAUUGUGGUGCAAUUUCUGUGAAGCUGCCUUUGAAAGCUGUUCAGAAACUGCAGUAGAGUGCAGCUGCCAGGCUCAAGAUGAGCUGAUUUUGGAACACCCAAUUCUGACACAGCUGCACAGGCAGCCUAGGCCCAAAUCAAAGUGUUGGUUUUAACCUCACACACGGCUCGGGACCCCAAUAUUUUUCAGGUCACCUCUCUCCCAGACCUUUUGGUUUUUAUUUGAGGCCCUCCUUUGGGUGCCCCUUCAGAGAAACUUUGGAGGAUGACAGCAUGGCAGAGGGUCUUUUCUGUUUUGGCUCCCAUCUGUGCCAGGGUAAGACUUACCUCUUCUCCCAGACAUUUGACAACAAGGCUGAUAGCUUGUUUUUCUAGUUUGUUGACUUUUUUUUCUGCUGGGUUACUGCAGUGAUUUUACUGAAACAUUACUUAUUGGGGGCGUUAUAGGCUCUUAAGCUUUUAAAAGUCACUUAGAGACUUUUGUACUAAGUGACUAUAGAGUUAAAUAAAUAACAGUCCAGCAUCUGGGCACCAGCUUUGCCAUUUCUGGUACAUAAUAAGGCACCUCUCUAUGCUCAGAUUCCUUGAUAUAGGUUUGUUUGCACUAAGCACCAUUUGGAUGGACUGGCUUCCUUUUGCAAAGCUUCCUGUUUGUCACACUUUCCAGGCUGUUUGCUGCUCACCACACAUUUCAAUGUGAUUCUUUUUCUUCCAGGUCACCAAAGUGAAGACUGACCGGCCACUGCCUGAGAAUCCCUAUCACUCUAGGCAAAGACCACAACCAAACCCACCAACUGAAGGCGAGUUGCAGACAUCCAAAUAUGGAAGCAAGUUGUCCUUCUUUGAUUUUUAAACUGGCUAGCUUGCCUCCUUCAAAACAACACCUGAAUUCUUAAUGACUGUAAAUAACUCUUUCCUGGUGUAUUUUGAACGCCCUCUGUAUUUGGUAGUCAUUAAGGAUAAUAAACUUCAAAUGGUGUGGUUUGCCUAAUGCAUUUUCUUGUAUGUGUAGGUUUUGUUUCUGAAAAGUAAAAGUGCAAGAAAGUUCUAAGUCUGGAAUAAAAUCCCUUAAACAAUUCCAAGAAAAUCCCCCAUUGGCUCAGGAUGCAAUUGGUUAUACUUAAGGAAGAUGUUUUGAGCAGCCAGCCAGCUCCAGCCUCCACAUCUGGAGGGCACCCAGUUGGGGAAGGCUGGUUUCCAGUGUUUGACAUAGCAUCACUUCUUUAUGUUAGGCAUAUCAAUUACAGAAAUAUUGUUAGAAUAUAUUUAAUUGCCUUGAUCAUAGGUCAACAAAGUAUACACAGAUCAGCGCCACAUCAAGAAAACAUAAAUAAAAAACAGGUAAUUACAGACAUGUUUACAAAUCAGACUAUACAACAUGCAAAUGUUUUUGAAACAGCCGGAUACCCUUAAAAGAAUCUGCCAGGUGGGUGUCCGUAUAAUUUUGUUUGUUUAGAUCCUUCUGGUUCUGCUGCCAACGGGACUGCUUUUUCAAUAAGAGUCCUGUCUUUGGGAAAGAUUUAUAAGUGUUUGAGCUGUUAAAUCCCAAAAGCAAAUGGUCAUGUACAGUUUAUACUUCUUUGGACUCUGGGGUUGGCUCUUUUUUUUUUAAAGUCUUCUUUUAAAAUUACUUUUUACUGAAUUUUCCUUUCCUGGUUUUCAAACUGAGCUCACUUGUCAAACCCUUGGCAUCCUGAGUUCCCUCCAGAUGUAUUGGACUACAGCUCAAAUCAGCCUUGGCCAACAUAGUCUGAACCAUCUGGUGGGCACCUGGAGGGCAAAAGCUUUCAUUAGGUAUUUCUGGUCCCUCUUGCCCUGUUUCUCCCCCCCUCUUGUGCUAGGACACUUGCUGCUUUCAAUGUCUCCUUGUAAUGGCUCAGCAGCGUUGAGUCUUCAGCACAAGAAUGCUUCUCCAGGUAGGUUGAAACCCAUUUCCUUGGAAGAUUGCCUUCCCAUGUGUGUGUACCAAGUGUACCUGAUGGCUAAACUGCAUCCAGCUGAAUUGAAUGGAGCUGGGUUAAGGUACGGUCCUCGUCAAAGAAGGUGCUGCACAUUUUGUGGGUGACCUUUUCAUCUUCCGUAACAUCAGGUGCUGAUUCUUCUGCCUUCGCCACCCUGCAGUGCUGAAUUUAGGGUGGUGUGAUUGGUUUCCCUGCACAGGGUGCUGAGCUGAAGGGGUGCAAAACAACAACAACAACAACAUUUAUAUGGAUGCCUACUGAGAAGAUCCACUAAAAAAACUGCUCCAAAAGGAAUUGCAGUGGUACCUCCAGUUGUGAAUGGGAUCCAUUCUGGAGCUCCGGUUGGAUCCUGAGAAAUUUGCAACUGGAGGUGCUGCUUCUGCGCAUGCAUGCGCCGCGGUUUAGGACUUCUGCGCAUGUGCAUGGCAUGUGGAGCACUUCGGUGCAUGCGCGCGGGGCAAAACCCGGAAAAAUACUUCUGUGUUUGCCACGUACGUAUCCCGAAGGAUACGUAACCGGAGGUGAACAUAAGCAGAGGUACCACUGUAUUGUUCUCUGAACAUAGCAAUGGUGCCCACUUGAGAGAUGCUGGAACUGAGUUCCAGUGAGUUCUGGCUGAAAAAAAGCCCUGCUGCUUCUCAUCCAUAUCCUGUUUUAUUUCAGUUAACCACUGUAAACUGCCUUGGGUAUUUUAAUGGACACUUGGAAGCUGCCUUAUACCAAGUGAGACCACUGGUCCAUCUGUUUUAAUAUUGUCUACACUGCCUAGCAGCAUCUCCAGGAUUUCGGGCAGGAAAUCUCUCCCUGCCCUGUCUGGAGUUGCCAGGGAUUGAACCUGGAGCCAGGUUCUGCAUGCAAAGCAAAUGGCCCAACACUGAGCUACGGUGAGGUGUGUAAAUAUAUGUGUGUUUAUAUAUAAAUAUAUACAGGUGGUGACCAUUUUGCAUGCAGGUUCUGUUCCUGGUCCCUACACGCAUUGGCAGAGUGUGCAUAAGCAUGUCCCAUCAUGUUCUGCCCUCUUCUGGGUCCAAAAGGAACCAUGCGUUUGUGAUCGUGCAUCAGUCUGGCGCGCCUUAAUUGGUUGCUGCCUAUACAGGUGUGACCUGUGAUAGAAUGUUGCAGCCUGAAGUGCCAGGGUGCCAGCCAGGGUGCCAGCCAGCCACACGUGCCAUGCUACUCCAUUCACUCCCCACACCUUCGCCAUACCCCACUACAGCAUUCUGUGUCCACAGCACCCUCUGUCCUCACUGAAAUGCUUUGGGAGUGUACCCCCUCCCCAAGCUUGCUUUUCUAAAAACAUUCGCCUCUGCAUCAAGAAGUGUCAACUCCUAGCUCAGUGGUCAAACACUGACUUUGCAUCCAGGCAGCCCCAGGUUGAAUCCCCAGUGGCAUCUGCCUGAAACCCUGGAGAGCUGUGGCUGUACUAAUUGGAUGGCUCCGUUGGUUAGCGCAUGGUGCUGUUGAUGCCAAGGUUGCAGGUUCAGUCCCUGUAUGGGACAGCUGCAUAUUCCUACAUUGCAGAGAGUUGGGCUGGAUGCGCCUCAUGGUGCCUUCUGACUGAUUCUAAGAUAAUGUCACUCAGUGUAGGCAACACUGGUCUAUACAGAGCUCAGCUUUUUAUGUUCCCUUAGGUGGGACAAAAGAAGAAGCAGCAAGGACUGAAGGUGUUACGUUUUCCCUUCAAGCUUGAUGGCAUCACAUCAGCCUUCCAGAAACUUCAGUCAUGGGCAUAA